AGAACCGUAAAGAUGGCAGCUGACACCGGGAGAUACCGGAGUGCAGUGUCCAAAAGCAAGGACCCUUCCAGUUUAUUAAUCUCCGUUAUAAGGACUCUGUCGAACAGCGACGAUGUGCAGGACCGGGAGACGGAGAAGGGCCGCCUGGAGGAGGCGUACGAGAAAUGCGACCGCGAUCUGGACCAGCUCAUUGUUCAGCACUACACUGAGCUCACCACGGCCAUCCGCACCUACCAGAGCAUCACAGAGAGGAUCACCAGCUCGCGCAACAAGAUUAAACAGGUGAAGGAGAACCUGCUGUCGUGUAAGAUGCUGCUUCACUGUAAGAGGGACGAAUUGAGGAAGCUGUGGAUCGAGGGCAUCGAGCACAAACACGUCCUCGAGCUGCUGGACGAAAUCGAGAACAUCAAACAGGUUCCUCAGAAACUGGAGGCCUGCAUGGCCAGCAAACAUUACCUGCAUGCCACGGACAUGCUGGUGUCAGCGGUGGAGUCUCUGCAAGGCCCUCUGCUGCAGGUGGAGGGUCUGGGUGACCUGCGGCUGGAGCUGCACAGCAAGAAGCUCAACAUUCAUCUGGUGCUGAUCGAUGAGCUUCACCGCCACCUCUACAUCAAGUCCACCAGCCGCGUGGGCCACCGGGGCAAGGACAAAGGGCGGCCCGGAGGAUCUGUUUCAAAAGACUCGUCCAUUUUGGAAGUCAGCAGUCUGUCCACUCCACGGAAGCUCACAGAGACGUCCCAAUUCAGCACUCCUGCAGCAUCUAGCAUUCGGGAUUUGCAGGACGAUCUGGACGCCGACCCAGAAGAGAACAGCGCCGAGUUCAUGGGGAUCCUGAUCAAAGCUUUGGCCAAACUCAAGAAGAUCCCCGAGACCAUCAACGCCAUCAUGGAGCGCCUGGAACCGGAGCUCAAGCAGAUCCUUAAAAGGUCCACCACCCAGAUCGCAGACCACGCCUACCAGAGGGGGGAAAUCCUGGUGCAGGACAACCAGCCAAGGCUGCUCCUGGAACUGCUCGAGCUGCUGUUCGACAAGUUUAACGCCGUCGCUCAGGCUCACAGCGUCGUCCUGAACCAUCUGCAGCAGAUCGUGGUGUCUCCCAGCGGCGCUCACGAGGGCAUCAAGCUCUACGAGCAGGCUGACGUCUCCGCCAAGAUCCAGACCGUGCUCCAGGUUCUCCUGAUGGACUACCUGGACGUAAAGAACACCCGCAGCGCAGCAGAACCCUCGGCCCAACUCUCAUACGCGAGCACCGCCGGGGACUUCGGAGCUUUUUUCGCCAAGAAGAAACCAAAUCGACCUAAACAGUCUCUCUUCAAGUUCGAGUCGUCGUCCCACGCCAUAAGCAUGAGCGCGUACCUGCGGGAACAGCGGCGAGAACUUUACAGCAAGAGCGGAGAGCUACAAGGAGGAGCUGACGAUAACCUGAUCGAAGGAGGAGAGACCAAGUUCCUGUGUAAGCCCGGGGCCAGGAACAUCACCGUCAUUUUCCAGCCUUUGCUCAGGUUCAUCCAGGAGAUUGAGUCGAGCAUGGGUCCAGGGAAGCAGUGUCAGCUUCGCACUUUCCUCACCUACUACAUCAACGAGCUGUUCCUGAACCAAGUGCGCACCGAGAUCAAUAAAGAAAUAGAAACUGUCACUAAAGUCUCUGAUCCUCUUAAGAUCCUGGCCAGUGCGGACACCAUGAAGAACCUGGGCGUCCAGAGACCUCUUCUACAGAGCACUGUGAUUGUCGAGAAGUCCAUCCAGGAUCUGAUGAGUCUCAUGCGGGACCUCAGCGCUUAUUCUAACCAGUUCCUGGAGAUGGUCUGUGACAAACUCAAAGAGUACAAAGAGAUCUGCAACACUGCCUACAGGAGUAUAGUGCAGUGCGAGGAUAAGCUGACCAUCAGUGCCUCCUGGGCCAAAGACGAGGACAUCAGCCGUCUGCUGCAGUCACUGCCUAACUGGUCCAACAUGACUCAACCCAAACAGCUGCGUCAGAAAAGAGAGGACGAGGAGGACUUUACACGGGCGGCGUUUGCUAAGGAGUCUGAGGUCCUGACGGGGAACCUGGGAGACAAGCUGAUUCCUCAGAAUGAGAUUCUGCGGGACGUCAGUGACCUAAAGGCUCUGGCAAACCUGCAAGAAAGCAUGGAGUGGCUGGCGGUUUCCCUCAAAGGCUUCUUCUCCAGCUUCCCCCAAACCUCCAGUCCGUCCCCUGGCUCGGACACGCAGGCGAGCAGCGAGAGCGCACGCAAUCGAGAGCACAUCCUGCAGACCCUCUCAGACCUCACCAGGUCUUUCCAGGACAUCGCUGACCGCUGCCUGCUUGUGCUGCACCUGGAGGUCAGGGUGCACUGCUUCCACUAUCUCAUCCCCCUGGCCAAGCAGGGCAACUACGCCAUCGUGGCCAACGCAGCCAGUAUGGACUACGACCCCCUGGUGGUCAAGCUGAACAAGGACAUCAGCGCCAUCGAGGAGGUGAUGGGAGCCGCGCUGCAGCAGCACAAGUUCCAGUACAUCUUCGAAGGUCUGGGCCACCUGAUCUCCUGCAUCCUGAUCAAUGGCGCUCAGUACUUCAAGCGCAUCAGCGAGUCUGGAAUCAAGAAGAUGUGCAGGAACAUCUUCGUGCUCCAGCAGAACCUCACCAACAUCACUAUGUCACGCGAGGCCGAUCUGGACUUCGCUAGGCAGUACUAUGAGAUGUUGUAUAACACAGCAGACGAGUUGUUGAACCUGGUGGUGGAUCAGGGCGUGCGUUACAGCGAGCUGGAGUACAUCAACGCCCUGAGCCUCCUGCACCGCAGCCAGACCGGCGUGGGAGACCUGAGCGUCCAGAACACACGCCUGCAGCGCCUCAAAGAGAUCAUCUGCGAGCAGGCCGCCAUCAAACAGGCCACCAAGGACAAGAAAAUCACUACUGUGUAAACACACACACACACACACACACACACACACACACACACACACACACACACACACAGUCUAUAUUUUCUUUUAAUGUGCAACACUAGAGAAUGAAAGAAGUAUUGCACACAUACUGUUUACACUCACACACACACACACACAAAUUAGUCUGUAAUAAAAUAAUCCCUCGGAGCAUGCCUCACCCACCACCAGGCUUCACCUCGUGAAAUAAGCAGAUGGAAUCUGGACGCGUGACUCGAGGACACUGUCAUCUCAUUUUCCUGUAAUAUAAAAGCACUGCUCUCGGUUAUAUGCCGCCUCACACACUCACUCUCACACACACACACACACACGAGUGUGUCCACAAUCACACACAGCACAUCAGAGUGCUGGAAUUAUUAUCCGUCACUCCCUGCGAUGUUAUUUUGUCCUCCUAAAAGGAUAUUCUUUUAUUCUACAUUUUUUUAACGCCGGCGUUUAUUUGGAAGAAAAAGGCGAUUAAUUGUGUAUCGUAUCUUUAGGGUCAGUGAUGUGUGUAUUUUAGAGAGAAAGAGAGGAAAAGGGAUCUCCAGCCAUUGACUCGCAGCUAUCAAAACUUUAAUUCGCCUUUUUUCCUUAAGUCUUACUCACUUGGUCUCUCUCUCUCUCUCUCUCUCUCUCUCUCUCUCACAUACACGGAAUGCCACAAAUCAUUCAUUCUUUCUGCCCCAUGGUGCUUUUAGUUCAUUAACUCGGAAGAAAAGUGCUUAACAAGAGAAGGAGAAAGAAAGCGCUGUCGAUACAGAAACACGGGCACCAGGCAAACGGCGCUCCCUGAAGCCAGCGCAGCGAUACAUCAUUAUGACUCAGUGUCAGGAAUCAAUAACGGCCCACGGGCGCUGCGCAACGUAUUAACGCGAGUGAGGGGGAAAGAAAAGAAACGUCUUUAAUAUUCCGACUUUAUUUGAACGAUGAUGUGAGUGCGGAGAGCGGGCGACAGGAAGUUUGCAGGAACAAAGCUACGUGGAGUGAAGCCGAAAGAUUUAGAUCAACCUGAUGCGCUUGACCUUAACUUCAUGGAUUUAGGGAUUUGGGUUUCGUUUUUUCUUUUUCAAUUUAUCAGCACGGUGCCAAGAAAAUAUUAUUAAGCUUUUAUUUUAUAGAAAUGCAUUAGUUUUGUGGGUUUUCACUGAUGCUUUGUAAGGUUAUUGAUUUAUUUUGCUUCGAAUGUGUCCACUGUUUAACUUUUCAAUGUACUGAAUGUAUUUAACAUUUCAAUUCUGUAACAUAACAUGAAAUAAAUCAAUAAAAUCCAACUCGUUUGGC